GGACUGUCAUCGGUGGCCGGAGGAGGAGCGAGCACAGUCACCAGGCAGUCACAAGCUGGCGAAACACUCUGGGGGAGGAAGGAGCGUUUCUUUCGGAGUAUCGUACGAAACUACGCUACCGUGUGCGAUGACUCAUGGCGAUAUGCGGCAGCGACUCUUGGAACCUUAGCCACGCCGGGCCGUUUACGUAAAGACACACGCGAAUAUAUCGAUCGCCUGAUCAAGUAAGUCCGGAUCCGGUCAUUUCGUUACUCCGCGAGCGCGUUCCGCCCGACGCUCCGCGCGCGCGCGUGUGUGUGCGGUUAGAUUUUUUCCCCCCCCACGAGUGUGACAUCGCUGUGUCGAGCAGCAGCUGGACCGAGGAUGGACGUCCUGAACAAGCUUCGCAACACAGUCAGCAACACCAUCAGCAACACCGUCCAGAACACGGCGUACGGCCUGUCGCAGCUGUCCAGCGUUCUGCCGGGCAACCCGGUCACCAGGGAGUUCGAGGCGACCGCUCACGUGGCGAGCGCGGGGCCGGGAUCGCUGUGGAAGAUCUACAGCGGCUACAAGAAGUCCACCAAGCAGGAGGCGGCGAUCUUCGUUUUCGAGAAGCGCAUGCUGGAGCGAUGGCCCGCCCGGGCGGACCGCGAGCUCGUGCUCGAGACCCUGAAGCGGGGCGUGAUGCAGCUGACGAAGCUGCGGCAUCCGCAGGUGCUGACCGUGCAGCAUCCGCUGGAGGAGUCGAGGGACAGCCUGGCGUUUGCGACCGAGCCGGUGUUCGCUAGUCUGGCCAAUGCACUAGGCAACAAAGAGAACAUACCUCAGCCGACUCCGGCAAACUUGAAAGAUUACAAAUUGCAUGACAUUGAGAUACGCUAUGGACUGCUGCAACUGGGAGAGGGUCUGGCAUUUUUGCAUGGCGAUGUAAAGCUGCUGCACAGGAAUUUGUGCCCAGAAUCGAUUGUUAUCAAUGUUCACGGAGCUUGGAAGAUAUUCGGUUUUGACUUCUGUGCCUUAAACCAGAAUUCAGACAGUAAACAGCCAUCCUGGUCUUAUCUGGAAUAUGAUUCUACAAUUCCUGCGGUUGUGCAACCUCAAUUAAAUUACCAGGCACCCGAGUGCAUCUUAGCGAGUAGUAACGGACCACCCAGCGAUAUUUUUGCCCUGGGCAUGCUGAUUUAUACGAUACAUUCCUCGGACCAUCAACCGCUGCAGGAAUGUCACAACGAUUUAGGAAAAUGCCGACGUUUCUUGGAAAAUUUCAAGGGGACUAAUGUCUCGGCGAAACUUCUUCCAAUCCCCGAGACUCUGCGAGAUACCGUAAAGCUCAUGCUGAGCCACAGUCCUGAAUUGCGAUUAGAUGCUCAUCAGUUUAUCAAGAUCGAAUAUUUCACGGACAUUGGCGUUAAGACGUUAAAUUACUUGGACAAAUUAUUCCAAUGGGAUAAUCUCCAAAAAUCGCAAUUUUACAAAGGUCUUCCACAGCUAUUGAAACAAUUGCCACAUAGGGUUGUGCUACACAGGGUAUUACCUGCUCUGUACAAGGAGUUAGUUAAUCCACCUAUGAUACCGUUCGUAUUGCCGAGCAUACUGCAAGUAAUGGAAGUCACUGAGGUAGAAGAAUUCCGAGAACACAUCCUGCCUAAUCUGAAGCCUGUUCUCGCUUUAGAAGAUCCGCCACAAAUUAGCCUGGUUCUUAUGCAGCAAGUAAAUUUAUUAUUAAAACUGUGCCCCACGGAUGUCAUUAAGACCGACAUAGUGCCUAUGCUAUUGCGUGCAUUGGAAUCCGAAUGGGAACAGCUCCAAGAGCUCUGCUUAUCGGCGUUGCCGAAUAUAGUGACGAUGAUCGAGGGACCAGUCAUAAAAAACGCCAUACUCCCGCGGAUGAAAAAGAUAUGUUUGUCGCCCGGAAAGAAACCUACGAGUCUUGGAGUGCGUGUUAAUUGUUUGCUGUGUAUCGCGAAAAUGUUGCCGAACUUCGAUCGCUGGCUGGUAUUCGAUCAGAUAUUACCGUUCCUCCAGGAAGUUCCUCAUUCUGGCGAGCCAGCAAUCUUAAUGGCUAUUAUAGGUAUUUACAGGAUGCUGCUUACUCACAGUAAGCUAGGUAUGGGCAAAGAAAUAUUGGCGACGAAGGUACUACCGUUUCUGUUGCCUCUCUGCAUAGAACAAAAUCUUAGCAUGUCGCAGUACGAGACACUUUCCACGCUAGUCGUCGAUAUGAUAAAUCGAGUAACCAGCGAGCACCGAGAGGCACUACGGCAAUUGGAUGCCGUGCGCCGUGAGACCCAACAACUCGAUCAGGCGCUUUCUCAAGUGGCGUCACCCACCUUUAUGCAAAACAACAGUCUAAGCGACAUCAAUUUAACGCCCCAAGUUCUAUCCCCGAACGCUAAUUCCAAAACCGUAAAUAUUGAGAAUGGAUUGACCAUCGAAGACAAGUUCAGAUUAAUUCAACAGCAAGAAACGCAUCAAAGAAUGCAGUCUCAGUCUAUGCUGACUCCUAAAGCCGCGCCGCAACCUGUAAAAUCGCAGCCGAAGGAUUUGACCGCGACUUUGCUGAAAAGCAAUCUGGACGAAUUGAAUCUGUCGAUGUCAAGAUCGACCAUGUCACAGCCGGAUUACUCGGCUGCUAAAAAUACUACUGCGUACAAAUACAACGACAUUGGUCUAACGCAAUCGCAAUUUUUAACGUCGCCAACGCUUAAUUCGCAAACAAUGCCGAAUAGACCAAUGAAUUGGAAUUCCAAUGGAAUGAACGUGCCCAUGAACUGGAACUCGCCGCAGUCCACCUUGAUGUGGAACUCCGUCGCUCCCCAGAGUAAUAUGAAUUUCGCGACGCAACCAGAGGUCAAGCCGAACUUAAACUUUCCCGGAACCUUGCAGCCCCUCAUGUCACCCACCAGCACGCAAGCCAACGUGAACAAACCGAACUCGUCUACGCAAGAUAUCAUGGAUUUGCUUAGUUAAUAGGUUGAAACGUGUUUCAAAUUGUCGGAUUAAAAGAGAUGGCAGCAUCGUUAAGAGAGCGAUACAGAAUACAUAUUUCUCUCGUCUAACGUGAUUUCUAGCAGCAUUAUCGAAGAUGAAAGUCACCGUAAUAACUAAUAAGAAAUUGUGAAAAAGAAAUAGAUCAUCUCUUUUGUAUCAGCUCCAGCAAUCAAAGAUUGCAAUAUUAGAGUAAUAUUAAAUAACAAUUGUAUUGGAUAUUUUAUAUUGAGGCUGUUUCGUGUGGAGUAAUCCAAUUGCGGAUCUUAAGGGAUGUUGGAGGACAAAGAAUGAUUACCGAAGGAAAGCAUGUCCACUUAAAUAUAUAGGCAUAAAACCAAUAUGCCUAUACAGUUUUCUCGAAAAUAGAACGCUCGUCUUCGUAAUAUUCUUUCUUGUCUCCACUUGAGAUAUACGAUUGGACUUUAUACAGUCUUGUAUGUAUAUAACUUGUCUUAUAUAUAUUCCGUGUACACACACAUCUACAUUUCUUAUUUUAAUAAUGUUAUCGGCAACUAGAAAAGUCUAUAUGUGUUGUAACUCUUCUUUGAACGCUUCAUUAGUUCUAUAUAUAUAUAUUACAUUAUACUUCCUGUUUUAAUAUUUAUGAACCAUUAAAUAGAUAUAUUUAUGAAGAUGUUCAAAGUCGACAAAUACUAGAAUGAUAAUAUUAAACGGUACGCUAAGUAUGAAACUAGUUAUAAGUUGCUACGAGCGCUGAAGAGUAGCAACUUCGAAUGUGAUAAUAAAAUGGAAGUCUCAGUCUUUUAUACGGAAACGCAUGUUUUUAUCGUGAUUUAAUUCGCCAUGCUCCCUCACGCUUCGAUGUACAUAUAGCUAUUGCCCGUCCGGGAUAAGGAAAAAACCUUAAUGUAAGAAUUAUUUAAUAAAGGUAUUGCUCAUUAAGAUAAUCCAGGAUCGUGGACCGCAGUUUCCACGUACAUCGCGAUUUGUAAUAACGGAUCGUUCGUAUAAUAAAUCUGUAUUGACACGACCGUCAUCUGCUGGUAUCUUAUACCUGUAUUGUAAUACAUCGUCAUAUAAGCUCUGCAGAAACAAAGUUUAUUUUAUAAUAUAUUUCUGUAUGAAAUAAUGAAGCAUUUGUAUAUGUUACAAAUGGUCGAACAUAAUGCAUUAAUUUUAUCAUCGAAAUUUUGUGCAUUAUUACGUAAAUCUCUACGUAAGUUGCUACGUAAACCUCCUUGGUCGUCUGUAAUUGUUAUCUUGAAGUGUCUUUGCAUAAAGUUGCAAAAAGAAGAAAAAGUUAAUUGUAUGUACUAAUUUGUAACAUUCCUGAAUCUAUUUGUUGUUUAUUUCAUUGUUGUGUACGAUUGUUAAUGAUUGCUGUUUGAGUCUAAUAAAACUGCUUGAAAUGUUAUUGCUUAAAA